AUGAUUAGGCACUACAGAGCCAAGCAUGAAAACAAGCAGGACAACACUGUGGACCGAAAGCAUGAGCUGGAUGAGGCUUUGGUAAAUUUUCUGGUGAGGGAUUCUCAGGCUUUUACCAUUGUGGAUGAUCCAGGCUUCAAGGAGUUUGUGGCAAAGCUUGACCCCACAUACACUCUGCCCUCCAGACAGGCUCUGAAGAAGAUGGUGGAGGAAAAAUAUGAGGAGGAGAAGGCCAAAGCCAAGGCUCAACUGCAGAGUGUGGAGAGAGUGAGCCUGACCUCUGAUAUAUGGACCUCCAUGAAUAUGGAUGCCUAUCUGGCAGUAACUUGUCAUUGUGUCCUGGAUAAUAUGAAGAUGGACACUUUACUUUUAGGAGUGCUGCCUUUCCCCCAAGACCACAGUGCUGAAAACAUUGCAGCUGCUCUGAUGUCUCUGGUAGUGGAGUGGGGACUUGAGGGGAAGGUUCAAUGCCUGGUGACUGAUGCUGCUGCAAACAUGCUCUGCACUGCAAAAAAACUAGCCAUGCGACAUAUUGUUUGCAUUGCACAUGCGUUAAAUUUGGUUGUUAAAAAGUCCCUGGAUCAAACGCCUGGCCUAGAAGAACUGCGUUCAAAGGCACGAAAAGUGGUGACCUAUUUUAGGUCAAGCACUACCGGAAAAGAAAAACUGAAACAUGUGCAACAGCAAAUGAACUGUGCAGUGAUGAAGCUAAUUCAGGAGGUGGAUACACGCUGGAACAGCACCUUUUUGAUGUUGCAGCGCUUGUAUGAUGAGAGACAGACAGUCGGGGCAGCUCUGGCAUCACUUAAGACAGAUGUUCAUCCUCUCUCUUCUGAGGAAUAUGAAACAAUCGCAGCAUGUCUCCAAGUGCUUUCCCCGUUCUAUGCAGCAACUGUGGAACUGUCCCAGGAGAAGAGAGUGUCAGGUUCAAUGGUGAUUCCACUUGUAAAGAUGUUAUUUCAAGCAACCCAGGAAGUAAUACUAAAGACCACAAAUGUAACAGCAACACUUCUUGGACGGAAUAUCACUGCAACCCUCAUAAAUAAGUUUGAUAACCUUGAGAGCUCAACACUCGUGUCACUUGCCACACUGUUGGAUCCAAGAUUUAAAGCCAUUGGAUUUCACAGUCCAGAAAAGGCCCAAAAUGCUGCACGGAAACUUACAGCUGAAUGUGCAGCACUGGUCAGGCAGACACGAGUGGAGACUUUAUCAGAUCAUUCACCUCAACCAGCAACAAGUGCACAAAAUACAUCCUCCUCAGCUUCCAACCUUUGGUCAAGUUUUGAUCGAGAUGCUGCACUGGCAAGAGCUCACAGGAAUCAUACAUCAGAUGCCACAAUUGAAGUUCAGAGAUACUUGUCUGAUCCUCCCUUGCAAAGAUCAGAUGAUCCACUGGCCUACUGGAAUGAGCACAAAAAUCCGGAGAAGUUGUCAGCAAAAAAAGAAAUCGGCUAA